UCACAACCUUCUUGUAUCAAUACACUCAUCUCUUACUUGAAGAGCUUGCGAGCGUGUUGGACCAUACCAUGCCGAUUAACCAACCUUCUAACCAAAUCAAAUUGACAAACGUGUCAAUCGUGCGUCUAAAGAAAGGCGGCAAGCGCUUUGAGAUUGCUUGUUACAAGAACAAAGUACAUGAAUGGCGAAACGGCGUGGAAACCGAUCUGGAUGAAGUAAUGCAAAUAAACAAUGUGUUCUUUAACGUAUCAAAAGGACAAGUAGCCAACAGUGACGAUCUCAAGAAAGCCUUUGGGAAGACGGAGGUGAACGAGAUCGUCAAGGAGAUAUUGAAGAAAGGCGAGCUACAAGUCGGCGAGAAGGAGCGAGCCCAUGAGUUGGAGAAUCUCUGGAAGGAAAUAGCAAAUAUGGUUGCGGAGAAAUGCGAAGACCCAUCAACGUCGCGUCCUUAUCCUGUAGGGAUCAUCGAGAAGGCGAUGCAUGAGGCAGGAUUUAGCGUGAAGACGGGAAAGAGCGCAAAGUCUCAAGUUCUUGACUGCGUUAAAAUAUUGCAAGAAAAGUCGACCCUUCCUAUUCGGCGCUCGAAAAUGCGCGUGCGAGUGACGAUGCCAGCCAAAGACGGGAAGAGAUUGAAAGAAAAAGUGAUCGAAGGUGCGGAGAAAGUUGAGGAUGAAGACUGGGGGGGCCAGGAUGAGUGGGAAGUGAUUAUGUUAAUCGACCCCGGACAGUUCAAGGUGAUUGGUGAGUUGCUACAGAACGAGGUGAAAGGGAAAGGACGGCUUGAAACGCUUGAGCAGAGGGUCGUAGCAGAGCCUUGA